GCACUCCCUAACUGUCUUUACUUAUUGUUUGAUAAUCUUAUUUUUAUCAUGUGAUUUGCAUUUCCAAAGUAGCUCUAUUUCGUAAUCUACUCUUCUUGUGCGAUUAUCAUUCAAAAUUAUGAAUGCGUGACAUUACGUAAAGAAUUGACAUAAUCCAUCUGAAUAUUUUAUUCAUUAAAACAAUACGAUACGAUAGUAUAAAUUAUGAAACAAUAGGUAACUUUCCGGCAUUUUUCAGUUUUUUUCUGUUAUUUUUCAGUUAUUAGUAUUGUAUAAACGGUUAUUCACACAAGUAAUAAUAUCACACAAAAAUCAUAAGGGAGAGUAAUCAAAGAAAGAUGGAAAGUUCUGAAUAUCUGACUGAAGAAGAAGAUGAAGAAAUGCAACAAGAAAAUGGCGUCAAUGAUGAUGAUGACGAUGACAACAAUAGCAAUGACGAUGACAUACAGAUAUUGAUCAGCCGAGAAAUCACUGAUGUUCGACUUAAUGAUCAAGAAGUUGAAGAACUUGUGAAUGACAAUUGGAAUCAAGAAAUUCGAACUCAUGCAAUCCGUUACAUCAGCAGAACAGGGCGACAAUUUCGAAUGAGCAGACGAACAAUUUACAGAGCAGCGAUGUAUGUGGACAGAUUUCUUGCCCAGAUGAGAUUAGAGAAUGGAAUGCUCUGGGCAGUGAGGUUAUUAGCAGUGACUUGUUUAGCAUUAUCUGCAAAAAUGAAUGAUAACAUAGAUGAUGUGCCAUCACUAUCAGAGUAUCCAUUAGGACCUUACGAAAUUAAUGUGAAUCACAUAACGCGAAUGGAGCGUUUGGUUCUUGAUCAAUUCAGCUGGAAUAUGAAUUGUGUUACUCCUUUUGAUUUCGGAAAUUUUUUCGUAUCAAGAUUCUGCAGAGAUGUUACAAGAUUACACAUAACUCGAAUAACAACGGCUCGAAUCAUCAUGAUUGCUUUAAGAGAUUUGUGCUUAAUGAAUCAUAGACCAUCUGUAAUAGCAGCAGCUGCAACAUUAUUAGCAGUAAACAGAGAUUUCACCAUACAAGAAUUGGUUAUGGAGAUAAAUGAUUUGCCUAUAAAUGGAUUUCUUCAAAUGGCUGAUGUGAGUUACUGCUACAAAAGAAUGCUACAGCUGAACAUUUGAGGAGUUUAAUUGCGCCGACUUUUCACUUUUGAUGCGGCAUCUGUUUCGAAUUCUUCAAAUAUACAUUACUUUUUGGCGAAUCGAUACGCACCCAUUGACAUUUUUUGAAGAACCUGAGUAACAUAGCCUAGCAGAAGAAAUACUUUUGCUUCUUUUUGUUAGAUAAACAAAUAGGGGAUUCAUUGAUUGUUGAACUGAUUCAUUGUUAAUACUAGUGGACAUGUGUGUUUCUACUCUCUGUGUGUUCAUAAUAUCUCAAGAGAACUUGAAGGUCGUUUAGUAGUUGAUUAGGAGAAUUAUUAUUAGUGAUAAAUAAAGAUGAAUGAUAAAUAAAGCCCUAUUUCUUUACAAUUCAUAUAUAACUUAUUUUAUAAUCAAACAAGAAGUUCUAUUUUAAUUCCUCGUGCC